AUGUCAGUCUGGCUGAGGUACACAACAUUGGUGGGUGGUAGCGAGCCCUGGGAAUUUGCGAUCGAUGUUUUUGAGGACAUGCUGCUUGCCUUCGAGAAGACUGCCUUUGUUUACAAGAACUCAGUGAACAAAGCCUGGUUGAUUGGGAACCCUCCCCAACUCAGGGCCACGCACAAGCUACUCUUGGACGAGGCAGGGGGGCGGCCUCGUUGUCCGGGCAGCGCAGCUUUGGUGGGCCAGGUUGCGGCGAUCACUCAUUUCACUGGCUUUGCCGCCCGGGGAGCGUGGGCGGCCGCGCUGUCGUCGCUUGAAGACUUACAGGCCCAGCGGUUGGAAGCAGACCGGAAGAUGGUCGGUUCUGCAAUGACUUCAUGCACCAGGAGUGAGAAGUGGCCAGCAGCUCUUGUGCUCUGUUGUCAUCUACGAGCUGAGUCGGUGGAGACUGAUAUCGCCGUUGCCAACGCUGCAAUGAGCGCCCUGGGCCACUCUGGGCACUGGACUUCGGCGCUGGACGUGCUGGAGGAUGCGUGA